AUGCCAUCGCCGGGACGUGGCGGCAUCACCGAAACAACGAUGCUAUCGCCGGGAGGUGGCGGCGGUGAUACGACUCCAGCAAGGAAAAAAGAUGAUACAGAAGAGGCUGACAAGGCAUACCUGAACGAGAUGCGCGGGUGGCUGAUGACGGUGGCCACGCUCUUCAUCGGCCUGGCGUUUGAGGCGGUGCUGCACCCGCCGGAAUGGUUCAAGACGGAAUGGUAUCAAGCAGGUCCACAACCCUGGUGGCUGUGGAAGCAGCAGAAUGAUGCUGGCGUUGCUGCGCCGGCGCCAAGCCAUCAUGCCGCCGCCGCCACGAGGGGUGAAAUUUUGAAAGCCGCGUUCUACUUGGCCUUUAACGCAAUCACCUCUGGGACAGCGUUUGCCGUCGUGGUUAUUCUGUUGUGGGCGCCCAACAAGGCUUCCUUGGCCAAACCUGUCCUCGAUUUGUGUCAUUCUUGCUGA